UGAUGUUUCUGCUUCAUCUAAUCCCAUUGCUCCAUUUUCCCACCAAACCUCCAUUUUUUCCCCAUGAAUAUCAUCUCACACAAAAGAAAGUGGAAGAAAUAAAAUCAAAGCUACAGAGUUUGGUGUGUUCAUGCAUUCUUAGGCUGAUAAUGUGUCUAAAGAUAAGAUUUUUUCACUGUGAUCUUACUUAGGAUUCAAAAGGUUUAGAAGAAAUGGGAGGAAAGCAAGGCCCUCGUCCCAAUUCGUUAAGCUUCGAUGCUUCAUCCGGAUUGAAGGAUCAUAUGUUGGUGAAAGGAUUCAAGAAUGACUAUGCCAAGUUCAGUGCUUAUGGUAAAGGAGCUUAUGCUGGCAAACGCCACGCCUGGUGGCCUCGUAGGCAUGUGAGAUCCGUUGUCUUCACCUUCGCGCUGCUCGGAUUCUUUUUCUUGCUAGAUUCAUUCAUGUACUCCUACUUUGAUCCCACUUUCCUCAAGAAUGGCCCCACACCAGCUUAUGCACCAAGGGACUUAAAUGCUGAAAAUGAGGAAAUUGAAAGAGGGCCGGUCAUGUACUCCCGGCUAGUGCAGAUGGCGUCGUUUUCACUUGCAAAGAUAGACCACGAAAAAAAUGUAACCGAGUUUUGGAAGGAAACUCAUCCCGAGGCAGCUGCUUGGAAGCCCUGCGCGAAUAGGAACCAGAAAAGGGACGCGAAAAACACCACCGGUUUUAUACUGGUCAGUGCAAACGGAGGCCUAAAUCAGCAGAGAGUCGCUGUGUGUAAUGCUGUGGCUGUAGCAUCUCUACUAAAUGCAACAUUAGUGAUUCCAAAAUUUCUUUAUAGCAAUGUGUGGAAGGAUCCAAGCCAGUUUAGUGAUAUUUAUCAAGAGGAGACAUUUAUGAACAUGCUGAAGGAUGAUGUAGAUAUUGUAAAGGAGCUCCCUCUUCAUCUGAGAUCGACUGAUUUUGAGGCCGUUGGCAGCCUAAUAACAGAUGCAGACCUUUCGAAGGAGGCAACGCCUGAUGAAUACAUACGAAACAUAUCUCCAAUAUUAUCGCGUAAUGGAGUUGUGCAUUUCCUUGGAUUUGGCAAUAGGCUUGGCUUCGAAUCAGUGCCUUCUCAUCUCCAGAAACUCAGAUGCAAAUGCAACUUCCACGCCUUAAAGUUCGUACCAAAAAUACAGAAACUCGCAACCUUAUUGGUGAAGAGGAUAACGAAAUACGGAGCUUCAAGAAGCUUGUUGGAUAGACAGCUUCUUGGAAGCUUCAUCCCAACGGAGCGUGUUGAGGCAGCAAAUCCUUCCAAAUAUCUGGCCUUGCAUUUGAGAUUUGAAGUUGAUAUGGUGGCCUAUUCUAUGUGUGAUUUCGGAGGCGGGGAGAGAGAAAGAACACAACUCCAAGCAUACAGAGAGGAGCAUUUCCCUCUCCUUCUCGAGCGUUUGAAGAAAGCAAAACCGCCUUCUCCCGAAGAACUGAGGAAGAUGGGGAGAUGCCCUUUGACACCAGAAGAAGCUGCCCUCGUUCUAGCUUCUCUUGGAUUCGAUCGUGGAACAUACAUCUAUCUUGCUGGAUCCCAAAUCUACGGGGGCGAAUCAAGGAUGCUUCCUCUAGUCAACCUCUAUCCUAAUCUGGUGACGAAAGAGGACCUCCUCUCACCCACUGAACUCGAACCAUUCAGGAAUUUUUCAUCUCAGCUUGCAGCAUUGGACUUUAUUGCAUGUGGCGUUUCGGAUGUAUUUGCCAUAACAGACUCCGGGAGUCAGCUGUCGUCCCUAGUGUCUGGUUUCCGGACGUAUUAUGGUGGAGGAGAUGCCCCAACGUUGAGGCCGAGCAAGAAGAGGCUGGCUGCAAUCUUGCAAGAAAACAGCACCAUCACUUGGCAUAGUUUCGAGAAGAGAGUGAGGAAGAUGAUCAAGGAAGGUCAGAGAGUGCGCCUCAGACGACCUGGUAGAAGCAUUUAUCGACAACCUAGAUGCAGAGACUGCAUGUGCAGUGAUGAUCAAUAGUUCAUUUUUUUAAAAUCAAUUGCCUUCUUGCCUAUUUUGAGUUGUAAUGAGAUUAAAUUUUGUGCUUGAUGACGAGAAGACGAAGAAGAUGAUGAUGAAAUUUAUCAUUAUUGGAUUAAACUGA